CAAAACCACGGGGGCGGUUUAUGUAAAUCCAUUUGUUAUAUAAACACGACCUAGGGUUUAUUAUAAAUUCUGUUGGGAACUUGCCGACUCAACUUGGGAGCAGUCGCCGUAAGCCGAAGCUCAGGAGGAGAAUGUCGCACAGGAAGUUUGAGCACCCUAGGCACGGGUCCCUUGGGUUUCUUCCAAGGAAGCGAGCUGCUCGUCACAGGGGAAAGGUGAAGGCUUUUCCUAAGGAUGACCCAACCAAGCUAUGCAGACUUACUGCAUUUUUGGGCUACAAGGCUGGGAUGACUCACAUUGUCAGGGAGGUUGAAAAACCUGGAUCAAAACUUCACAAGAAGGAGACUUGUGAGGCUGUUACCGUUAUUGAGACUCCUCCUAUGGUUGUUGUUGGAGUUGUGGGCUAUGUGAGGACACCACGUGGACUUCGCACGUUGAACACUGUUUGGGCUCAGCAUUUGAGUGAAGACGUGAAGCGGAGGUUCUACAAGAAUUGGUGCAAAUCCAAGAAGAAGGCUUUCACAAAAUACUCAAAGCAGUAUGAAUCUGAAGAAGGGAAGAAAAAUAUCCAAUCACAGCUGGAGAAAAUGAAAAAAUAUGCUACUGUUAUUCGUGUUUUGGCUCACACUCAGAUUAGGAAAAUGAAGGGAUUGAAGCAGAAGAAAGCACACCUGAUGGAGAUCCAGGUCAACGGAGGAACUGUGGCUCAGAAAGUGGACUAUGCAUACGGUUUCUUUGAGAAACAGGUUCCUGUGGACACUGUUUUCCAGAAGGAUGAGAUGAUUGACAUCAUUGGUGUGACGAAGGGUAAAGGUUAUGAAGGUGUUGUCACUCGUUGGGGUGUCACCCGCCUUCCCCGGAAGACUCAUAGGGGUCUAAGGAAGGUGGCAUGUAUUGGUGCUUGGCAUCCUGCUAGAGUCUCAUUCACAGUUGCAAGGGCUGGUCAGAAUGGAUACCACCACCGUACUGAGAUGAACAAGAAGAUCUACAAGCUUGGCAAGAAUGGGCAGGAGUCACAUGCUGCUCUCACUGAGUUUGACAGGACUGAGAAGGACGUUACUCCAAUGGGUGGCUUCCCUCAUUAUGGUAUAGUGAAGGAUGAUUACCUCAUGAUCAAGGGAUGCUGUGUUGGUCCAAAGAAGAGGGUCGUUACGCUUCGCCAGUCUCUGCUCAAGCAAACAUCGCGUCUUGCUCUUGAGGAGAUCAAGCUCAAGUUCAUCGACACUUCCUCAAAGUUUGGGCAUGGCCGAUUCCAGACAACUCAAGAGAAACAGAAGUUUUAUGGACGGGUCAAGGCAUAAUUAUGCAAGCAUGUCAGAUGUUUUUGGCCAUCAAGUUAAUGUCGUUUUUAUGCCAUGCAAUUUUUUCUUCAGGACAAUUGCGUCGUCGAAAUCUAUGUGGUUUGACAUGUUUGAGGAUUUUGAACGGUAUUUUGUCAAGUUUUAUUCAGACGAGGAUAUCUUUUACAUCUUAAAUAAUUAGUACUGCUACAAA